AUGGAGCCUAUUCCUGGAAGUUCAGUAAGUCAUGUUGGCCUCCUGAUAGACGCUAGAAAAGCCUCUAUAAUAGAGCAAAAUUUAAAACGCUUGAAGCCUAUAGUAAAAACCGUACUGUUUUGUGCCCAUAACAAUCUGCCUUUGAGAGGUCAUAGGGAUGACGGCAAUUUGAACAGCAGGGAAGAGCAAGAAAAUGCAUUAAGAGGAAACCAGGGUGUUUUCAAAAGUCUAUUGGCUUUUAGAAUUGAUGCUGGUGAUGAAGAUUUGAAAACGCACCUUACCACUUGCAGAAAAAACAGUACACAUAUCAGCAAAACAAUCCAAAACGACAUAAUCGAAUGCAUUGGCGAUUAUAUCCGUUCGGAGAUUACGAGUAGUAUACAAAAAGCCAAAUACUUCUCAAUAAUAUGUGAUGAAACCACAGAUGAAAGUAAGAAGGAGCAGCUUACGUUUUGUGUGCGAUAUGUCGACAUAGACAGUUUCACAACCAGGGAAGAUUUCCUUGGAUUCGUGGAACUCAAAGCGACAACUGGUUUAUCGAUUAAAUCCGCAAUAGACGAAGAACUGACAAAACUGAAUUUGUCUUACAAAUACCUCUGUGGACAAGGCUACGAUGGAGCAAGCAACAUGUCUGGGCCAUUUAAGGGCGUUCAAGCUCUAAUUUCCGAGGAGCAACCCCUCGCCAUUUAUACUCAUUGUUUCAGCCAUUCCCUGAAUUUGUGCAUCACAAAAAGCUGCCAAAUUCCUGUUAUAAGAAACGUAAUGGGAACAGUUGAGACUGUCUCUGUGUUUCUCUCGGCUUCUGCGCACAGAACAAAUGCAUUAAUCGAUGUUGUAGAAAAGCAAGACUUUUCGGAAACUAAAAAAAAGAGAUUGAAAGCACUUUGCCCUACACGGUGGGUAGAAAGGCAUGACAGCCUAAUAACAUUUAAGGAACUACUUGUUCCUGUUGUGACUGUGCUGGAAAGUUUACAUACAACUGCCUCUUCCGAAGCGUCAACAAAAGCAUAUAUGUUAAAUGCUUCAAUAAAAAGGAGUGAAUUUAUUGUUGGCGUCGAAAUAUCAGUGUACUGUCUCAGUUUGACACUGAGGCUAAGUCAGCAGUUGCAAAGCCCGAAGCAGGAUUUGUCUUCUGCAUUAGCUAAUGUGUCUCAAGUUUUGGACACUUUUCGGAGUGUAAGACAAAACGCAGAACUCGAAUUUCAAACUAUUUACAAAAACUGCCUUGAAAUUGCUGAAGAAUUGGAUCUGGAGUUAGAAAUACCCAGAUCAGGAAAGCGUAAAAGUGCUCGAGACUGUACACCUCCAGAAAAUCCAGAAGUUUAUUUCAGACGAACAGUCUUUCUUCCUCUGAUAGAUCACUUCAUUUCCGAGAUUGAUUGCAGAUUUAGCAGAGAUUUUCUUGGAGUGCUUCCCCUCGAAGGUCUAAUUCCAUCGAACUUGUCGAGGUAUACUGACAAAAAUAUUAUAACUGCUGCAGAAAAAUAG